AUGAAGCUUUUCUCUGUCUCCCUUGCUCUUGCGGCAUGCCUGAGCAUGGCAGCUGCCCAGGGCCUCGACGGUCUGCCAGAUUGUGCUAAAUCAUGCGCUACGAAUUCCAUCCCCGCCAGCUGCGGUUUUGACGUGAAGUGCAUCUGCACCGACUCGUCCUUCAUUUCGGGUAUUUCGUGCUGCGUUCUCCAAUCAUGCGCUCCGGACCAGCAGCAGGAAGACGCUCACCCAUUCUUUCCCACAGCCGCCGUCGAGUUUGCGAGCCGGAUAUGCAGAACCGCCGGUGUGACCAACAUGCCUCAGUCUCCCAGCUGCGCAAACACAACUCAAUCUACCACUGGCACGGCCUCUGGAUCCUCUACAACCACUUCUGGUUCUUCCACCGAGUCCAAUGCCUCCCAGACCGCUGCAACUGCGACCACUGCAACCACUUCUACCACUUCUACUACUGGCUCCGCGACCUCGUCUGCUGCUUCGGCCACCAACACCAGUACCGGGGCCGCCGUCGCUCAGCACAAGGACAUUGGUCUCAUUGCGCUUGCCGGUGCGGCGCUUGCGGCUUUCGGCUUGCUCGCUUAG